UCUUUAUUGAGUGUCAUUGUUAUAUAUAAAUAUGCAAUUGUAUUAGUACAUGCACGGUCAAAAUACAUGACUCAUAAAUAAAUGUCCCACAGAUGCAAUUCUGACGUUCUGAAAAUGUUUUGCCAAAUAAAGACGCACAGCCAAAGUACAGGAGGCAGAAUUGCCCUCAAACAAACUCCGACGCACAAUAAUAUAGUCUCAUAAUGAUAUUAGAAGCAUGUAAGGAGACAACAACAAACCGCACAAUGUCACCACAGAGCGUCCUAUUGCAGCUGAGUGAUGAGGUUCACGCGUGAAGGCGUGGCCACUGAUCAACCCCGCCGGAGUUUCUAGGCGGCUGUGAGCGUCUUUCCUGUGGUUUCGGUCAGUCAGUCACAUUCAGCCACACAGUCAGUCAGUCAGUCUAUCAGCUGGACCGGAGAGCUGCGCGUAAGAGGGACGCAGCUGGAUAAAGCGCACCGGGGACCGGCGCAUGCAUUUGCUCGUAUUUCUUUCCUGGCUUUGUGUUCCGCUGCGCCUCUUACGCUGGAUGCUGGACGCAAUCCAUCCGCGAGUCAACAACGCACCGCCGACGGACGAACCAUGGACGGUCUAGGCAGCCGCUGUAAGAUCGUGGUGGUCGGGGACACGCAAUGUGGGAAAACGGCACUCCUGCACGUUUUUGCCAAGGACUGUUAUCCAGAGAACUACGUGCCUACGGUGUUUGAAAACUACACUGCCAGUUUUGAGAUAGACAAGCACCGGAUAGAGCUGAAUAUGUGGGACACGUCAGGUUCCUCCUAUUACGACAACGUGAGGCCGCUGGCGUAUCCCGACUCUGAUGCAGUUCUCGUCUGUUUCGACAUCAGUCGCCCGGAGACUUUGGACAGUGUCAUAAAAAAGUGGCAAGGGGAAACGCAGGAGUUUUGUCCCAACGCCAAAGUGGUGCUGGUGGGCUGCAAGCUGGACAUGAGGACGGACGUCGGCACCCUGAGGGAGCUCUCCAAGCAGCGCCUCAUACCGGUCACCCACGAGCAGGGCAGCGCGAUAGCUCGACAGAUGGGCGCCGUGGCCUACGUCGAGUGCACAUCCAAGGUUUCGGAGAACAGCGUCCGGGACGUGUUCCACGUCACCACGGUGGCGUCGGUGCAGCGGCCGCACAAGCCGCAGCUGAAGCGCAGCACUUCCCGCAGGGGCCUGAAGCGAGUGUCACAACUCCCCCUGCCGCCCCUGCCGGUCCGGACUGAGCAAAUAGACGAGGCCCCGACCAUGAGGAAGGACCGGGCCAAGAGCUGUGUGCUCAUGUAGAGACCCAUCACUAUGAAUCCAUGCCUUUAUAUAUAUAUAUGUAUAUACAAAAGCACAGAAAUAUAUAAAACAGAGGAAGUCUAUUUAUUGUUUUUUUCCCAUUCUUGUAGUGUUUUUUUUAUUAUUUUUUUAUUAUUUUUGCACUGCAGAAGAGCGAGGAAAAAAAUAAACACUGCAGUGUGAACUGAAAUGUUUUGUUUUCGUUGCGAGUGUGCAUAUAUUCUAAACUGUUAACAUAUGUGUUGUUUCAAAAUGAUGGGACUAACUCUCUGGGCACAAGGAAUCUGUCAUGGUGGAAAUGUCACGGUUUUUUUUUCUCCCCGAGACCGGGAGGAGGCAACGCGCUGAUGCCACACUGAAGGGGGGGGGGGGAGAAGGUGCGAGGAGGGCCGCGUCGAAGCCGCACGUCUGGAGACGAAGCUUUUUGCCUGAAGUUGCUUCCUCUUGCCGUUCUUGAGGGGAAAUGUUACGUUUUGCGGGAAAGCGCUUUGCAGCGAUUAGACAAAUAAUGGCUCAAACAAACACUGGGAGAUGGCGAUGAGAUUUGGUGACACUCAAGUGAGCGUUUCUACCACAAGUGCUUUUUAGAGGUCACUGCAUUUUAGAAUUUAUUCUGCUCAUUUAAAAACACGCUUUUUCCUCACAAAACAACCCCAACUGUGUCGGUUUGAUUCACUGAAGUAAAUGCUGUUGUAACUAUUCUAUUUUAAAGAUGUUUCUUUGUGGAAAAUAAAUUGGUAAAACGUU